AUGGAGUCUAUUUAAUAGCCUGAAGUGAUUCAGAUUAAACCAGAAGAACCCAAUUAGAUUGUGCAAUCAGAGAGCAAGCAUUUCAAAGAGUACUAUUUAUGCUUGACUGGAGCUCAGCCUCAUAUGAUUGAGAAGGAUUUGGUCAAGUUUUUCAUGAAAAAUUUCAACCUAGAGGAUUUACCUCUUAAAGGAAUAAUGAAGAAAAGAGGAAAUAAUUUCGCAUUCUUUUUGUUCCAAGAUUAGGAGUAGAUGACUAAGUUUAAGGAACUGUUCUUAUGUGAGAUUAUGCCUAAAAUGCCAAAGAUGCGCUUAAAGGAAGUCUCUAAGAAAAUGAAUGCCCGUGAAUUUAGACCAGUUAAGGAUAGAGAGGAGAUGAAGGAGGAAUCUGAGAGGAAAAAGGAGAAGCAGAUGCAGAAUGUGACUAAAGAGGAAAUUGAGGAGGAGAUGAAGAUUAGCGUUGAGGAUAGAGUUACUCCGUAUCAUAAUCUUGAGUAUAAAGACCAGAUUAAGAAGAAGGAGUAACAACUGAUUGAUGUCUUAAGGUCAUUUGAUGAAUAAUUGAAAAAAGACAUUAAGAAAAAUAACGAGGUAAAGCCUAAGUGGUACCCAGAGACUGAAUAAAAUAUUCCAUGCCCACUUUCAGAAAUAAUUGAAUGCGAUGAGGACUAUAUCAACGAGUACAGAAAUAAAGUAGAAUUUACAGUUGGUCGUAGAUACGAAGAUAAUGAAAUAUGUGUAGGGUUCAAUAAGGGAAAUAUGAAUAAGGGCAUUCUUUAUGUUGAUUACCCAGAUACUAUCAAGCCUAUCUCUAAAAAUUCAAUUAGAGCUGCCAAAUAAUUGGAAAAAAUUAUCAAAGAGAGUUAGAUUGAGCCUUAUGAUAGGAAAAGUAAUCAAGGUUAUUGGAGAAUAUUACUCUAUAGAGAAUCGAAGAAGACCAAAUAAGUGCUUAUAUGUGUAGUUGUUUCUUAAGAAAAUCAAGUUAAUGAAGAGCAAUAAUUGGAAAUUGAACAAAAGCUUAAAACUGAAUUUCUCAGUUCUAGUGAGAGUAGUUAAAAUGAAUAUAAAACAGUCUCACUUUCUAUGAUAUUUUCAAAUGAAAUUUCUGGAGGAUAUAAAGAAACAGACAGAGUAAAACUUCUAGGAGGAUAGGAUUAUUAUGAAGAGAAAUUAUUUGAUUUCAAUUUUAGAGUGUCCCCAUUCGCUUUCUUCUAGGUAAAUACUAAUGUCUUCGAAAAGAUGCUAAGGUUAAUAGAAUAUUUCACCUAGAUUAAUGAAAAUACAGUAGUGCUUGAUAUAUGCUGUGGAACAGGAGCUAUAGGUAUUUGCCUAUCCCAGAAGGCUCGUAAAGUAAUUGGAGUUGAUAUUGUUGAAUCUGCUAUUGAAAAUGCUAAAGCCAAUGUCUAGCUUAAUAAAGAUGUGAUUAAUCCAGAUAAAUGUGAAUACUAUGCUGGGAGAGCAGAAGAGGUUUUACCAAAUUUAGUCAAAGAUUAAUAAGCUCUUGGAUUAUAGAUUAUAGGAAUAGUUGAUCCACCUAGAAGUGGAUUGCACAAGGAUGUAUUAAAAGCACUCAGAACAUGUAAGGGCUUGGAUAGAUUAGUUUACGUAUCUUGUAACCCUCAAAGCUAGAUGAAAGACCUAUAGUGUUUAUGCUAUGAAACCUCAAAGAAAAGAAAGGCCCCUCCUUUUAAACCUCUAUAGUGCAUUGGUGCUGAUCUAUUUCCACAUACUAAUCAUAUUGAAAGUAUUGUCUUACUUGAAAGAUUUUAUGAUUGA